CUUCAACAUCCUAAUGAGACUGAUUUGCCCCAGCCUAUAGAGGAAGAAAUCAGUAAAAACAAUUCAAUGGUAACUUGUGGUCGUUGUAAUAAAAGUAUGGUGUUCGAGGAGUAUGAAGAUACACAUUGUGCAACACAUUAUAAUUUAUGCUGGAAAAUUGGUGAUGAAAAACUAGAUUUUGAUGAUGAGAAUGCGAUACAAUAUUUAUUACGACAACAUUUACCAAAACAUGCCGCACGCCAAAAAAAAGUUAAAUUUGUUUGUGAAUGGUGUCAGAAUGAAAAAAAAAGUGUAGUUGGUUUUGCUAGCCAUGUAAAACGAUGUCAAUCUAGACCGGAUAAACAAGGACUGCACAACGAAGUAGAAAAUGGAUUUGGUAUAGUUAAAAAAUCUGACAUAAAAACUAUAGAAAAAAGUGACGAUUCAACGGUGACUUGUGGCCGCUGUAAAAAAGAAAUGACUUUUAAUGAAUAUCGUACUAAGCACUAUUCCAAACAUUUUAAUCUAUGUUGGAUUGAUGGAGAAGAAAUACUUGAUUUAGGAAAUUAUGAUACCGUAUUAAAUAAAUUAAGACAAUUCAUACCUUUUAGUGUUGUACGUAAACGUGGAGUAAAGUUGUGUUGUGAAGAUUGUAAAACUGUUAAGAAAAGUCUUUCAGGGUUUGCGAGCCAUGUAAUAUUUUGCAGUAAAACUCCUGAUGACAUUAAACAUUUAUUAACGAGGUGUGAAGACUGUGGAAAUAAAGUUAAACCAUCAUCAUUAAUAACUCACAAACUGAAAACUUGUAAAGGUGUGAAUAACAUAGAAAAUGGUAAAAACAUCAGUGACAAUUCUAAAAGAGCUUACAAAAUGCGCCGAAAAAGAAGGCCUCCAAACGUGUUAAGUUUUCAUCCAGAUACUAAAUAUAUUACUGAAUAUCAUGAUUUUAUGUGUCGUUUAUGCGAUUUUAUUACAAUAAGUGUCAAUGACAUUGUUGAUCAUCUUUUGAACGUUCAUGAUAUUGUAUUUAAUAAAAAAAAAGAUAGUUUAAACAAUUAUACACUAAAUAAAUAUGAAGGGCACAGGAAUAUAUACUUAAAGCCUUUAUUAAAUUAUUAUAAUUUCUUCACAAAAACCUUUUGGAAGGAUGUUUGUCACAAAGAUUUUAAAUCUGAUGUUAUAGUCUUAACAAAUGAUGAAGCAAUAAAGUAUCUACCAUCUAUUCAACAAUCUUGCAAGAUAUUUAGUUCAAAUGAUGAACAAAUGUGUGUGGAUCUUUUCAAGUCUGUUUAUGUCAAUGGUAUGCAUUGGCUGUUUACUGGUGGUCCUAAUUGGGCUAUGUCAUGGUGUCCUGUUCCAAAGGAAGUUCAAACACAGUAUUUGGCAAUAUCAUGUCAUCCUAAACCAGAUCUGGAGCAUAAAGAAAUGGAAAUUUAUCAAUAUCAGUCUCUUGUGCAGUUAUGGAGAUUCGAUUCAUUGACAAAUAUUAUUGAUGAAGCCGCCUCUUGUACGCCACAUAUGUCUUAUGGUGUGGCUCAUGAUUAUGGUGCUGUCUGGGAUAUGGCAUGGUGCCCUUCUGGAGCUUAUGAACCUCCCCAAAAAAUAGGAUUGUUGGCGUUAAGUACAUCUUGUGGAGAUUGUCCUAUUUUUGCUAUGCCUUUUAUGGAUGAUAUCUCAGAAAUGUUUUACAUUUACAAAGCCAAGCAUAUUGUAGCAAGAAAUUUCGAAUGUGAAUGGAUUGAAGGUGGUAUACAAUGUACAAAAGUUUGUUGGCAAUCAGUUUCACCAUUCAAAACUCUUAUUUGUGGAUAUUCAAAUGGUGUUGUGAGUGUGUUCCAUAUAAAUUUCAAAUCAAUAUUCUUAACUAAUGAUAUACUUUAUCCAAGCCAUACUUUCAUAGCAAGUAGAAGUUGUAUAACUGGUCUUUCUCUGAAUUAUUUUAAUACUACAAUAUUGGCUACUUCGGCAACCGAUGGUAAUGUAACUCUAUGGGAUUUGAAGUCUACUGAAAACCCAAUCUUUCAAAAGAAAUCUCACUGUCCAUCUGAUUGUACUUGGCUUCAGCAGUGUUACACAUUGGUGUAUUGUAGUAAAGUUGUGAAUCCCAUAUUCUCAAAAGUUCGGACUAUUAAUUUUUCAAAUUGUGACGAUGAUCUUGAUGGUUAUAAUCCUGAGUUAUAUGUUCUAAAAAGUGUAAUUGAUAGAAAUAAAAUACUCGGUAAUUGUGAUGAAGUAAAGAACAAUGAAAAAAUAUAUUGUGAUGACACUGAUGAAAACAAAACUCUUAAUCAAUCUAACAUAAGUGGUGAUGGCGAAUCAUAUAAAUCUGAUGAUUCAAGUGCAAAUAGUGAUCAAGAUAAAUCAUAUAAUGCAGGAAAAUCUGGAGAUUUACUAAAAAACAUUGAUGAGGAAGAUUUUUAUGGUCCUGCUUUUUAUCAAAAGAGUACUCAUUGGUCUGUAUCUACUUCGGAUUGGAUGAAUGUCAUAGCUACUGGAAAUGAAAAUGGAGUUAUUUAUGAAAAGCUGUUUCUAUCAGAAACUAAUAAUAUAGGAAAAGGAAACUCUACAGUACUUCAAUUGAUGGUAAGACAAUUAUUAUCAAAUGAUAAUACUCAAUCAGAGUAUUCUGAUGGUUACCGUUUUAAUGAAACAGUUAAAAAAUUUGGACUUGAAUCUAAACUUUUUUUUUUAAACGAAAAGGAAUUGAAAGACCAAGAUGACAGCAAACCUUUGUUAAGAUACCCUCUUGACAAUAUAACUAAGGUAUCUUGGAACCAGAAUUUUAAUUCUUUUCGUUGGUUGGCAAUUGGAACUCAAAGUGGUUUUACUCUUAUUUCACCAUCUCAAGCAAUACCUGAAAAUUCUAUAGAUUCAUUUUAUAAAACAAUUUAUGCCUCUAUAGAUAACUUUGAUGAUACGACUGAUAUUUCUAUGUAAUUUUAUUUUUAAACAUUAAUUAAUGGUUCAUCAUUAAGAAAUACCAUUCUUUAUAUUUGUAUUUUAUUAAAAUAUAAUUAAUUAAAAUGUAUCUUAUCAAAUAUUGAUGUCUAAAAUGAAGGCGCCGGGUGUAAUAACCAGAUAAGUCUACUUAUUUUUCUGUAUAAAUAUUAUACUUGACAUUUUUUUUAUUAAACUAUCCUAAAAGAUUUA